AGUCAAUGGGGCGGCAGCGGCCGCGGCGGAGCGCAGCGCGGGCCGGGGCCGCGGGCCGGGGGCCGGCAUGGCGGGGCUCUGAGGCGGCGCGGCGGCGAGGGGCGGCGGCGCGCCCCGGCAUGGGCAGCCGCGGGGCCCGGCGAUGAGCGCUCCCCCGGCCGCGACCCCCCGCGCGAAUAUGGGCACAGCCGUGUCCAAAAGGAAGACGCUCAGGAACGAGGCCAUGUCGUCCGUGGCGGCCAAAGUGAGAGCGGCGAGGGCUUUUGGAGAAUACCUUUCACAAAACCAUCCUGAAGGCAGAAACGGCUCAGAUCACCUGCUAGCAGACUCCUACAUCGGGCAGGAGGACUCCCCUGAGAUGCAGCAGGUGGCCCAGAACAAGCGCAGGCUCUCGGUCAUCUCGGACGGCAAAUUCGAGAGGAGCUUCACCGAGGAGCAGGCGGAGAAGCUGCCGAGUGAGGGCCCCAAGCCACGAGUCUACACCAUCUCUGGGGAGAGGCCGAUGCUGUCAGAGCACGAGAACGACAGCAUGGAGCUGGUGGUGAUGAAGGGGGCUGCCCACGAGGAGUGUCACCACGGGCACCACGCGCACGGCGCCGCCGGCUCGCACGGCGUCCGCCACUGCAAGGCCUGGCCCGGCGGCCGCCAGGGCUCCAAGGAGUGCCCCAACUGCUCCAGGCUGGCUGCCCCUUCCCAGCAGUCCAUUGAGCUGGAGCAGCACCCACCUGGCGAGGCUGGGUGGCACAGGAAAAGGCUGGAGAGGAUGUACAGUGUGGAUCGAGUGUCUGAUGAUGUCCCCAUACGAACCUGGUUCCCAAAGGAGAACCUCUUCAGUUUUCACACUGCUACCACAACUAUGCAAGCCAUCUCGGCGUUCAGGGGCUACGCAGAGAGGAAGAGACGGAAACGAGAGAAUGAUUCUGCAGCUCUUAUCCAGAGGAAUUUUCGGAAGCACCUCCGCAUGGUGGGGAGCCGAAGGGUUAAAGCACAAACAUUUGCCGAACGGCGUGAGAGGAGCUUCAGCAGGUCCUGGAGUGACCCGACUCCCAUCAAAGCUGAUUCCUUCCAUGAUUCUCGAGAAAGCCAUGACCUUCAGGAUUCCUGCGGGACUCUGGAUGGUGACUUUGACUUGAACUGGGAAGCAGAAAAGGAACUUGAAGCCAUGGCAUGUGACGGAGAAGACUUUAUUCCACCAAAAAUAAUGCUCAUCUCUUCCAAGGUGCCCAAAGCAGAGUAUGUCCCAACCAUUAUCCGCAGGGACGACCCCUCCAUCAUCCCCAUCCUCUAUGACCAUGAACACGCCACCUUUGAUGACAUCCUGGAGGAAAUAGAGAAGAAGCUGAACGUUUAUCGGAAGGGCUGCAAAAUCUGGAAGAUGCUGAUAUUUUGCCAGGGAGGCCCCGGGCACUUAUACUUGUUAAAGAACAAAGUCGCCACUUUCGCCAAAGUGGAGAAGGAGGAAGAUCUGAUCCUCUUCUGGAAGAGGUUGAGCAGGCUGAUGAGUAAAGUCAAUCCUGAACCAAAUAUCAUCCACAUCAUGGGCUGCUAUGUUCUUGGAAACCCCAAUGGGGAGAAGCUAUUUCAGAAUCUGAAAAACUUAAUGAAUCCUUAUAGGGUUGCCUUUGAGUCUCCACUUGAACUAUCAGCUCAAGGUAAGCAAAUGAUUGAGACUUACUUUGACUUCCGCCUUUACCGCCUCUGGAAGACCCGCCAGCACUCCAAACUGUUGGAUUACGAUGACAUUUUAUGAGCUGGAGAAGCCUUUGCAAGAGGAAGCUCAUCACCAGUGUCCAAGAAGUCAUGCUUUAUUGCAGAGAGACUUUUUUAUUGGCACGGGGAGCCCUUCACAGCCCUACAGGAGGCAGCAGUGCUAAAGGGAGGGAAGGAGGAGCCCUCGGAAGCAGGAAAAGGCUCCUGGGCCAGGAGAGACUGGAGGGAAGGGGUGACAGUGACACCUCGCUGGCCUCAGUCCGAGCCCCGGGGCCUCAGGAGGAGCUGUGUGAAACGAGGACAGGAUGGAGUUCCUGGCAGAACUGAGCUGUUUUGGGUCAGAAUGGGCCAGAUUUGAUUCCAGGUCCUUUUAAAGACUUUUGAAGCUCAGGUUUUCUUACAAAAAAAACCCACACAAACCCAAUUAACCCAUGCACUACAGUGAAGAAGUCACCAGAGCACAGAGGGAGCAGGGGGUUGUCCUGGUGGGACUUUCUGUGCUGGGAGUCCUGGAGAGCAAGGACUGCUACACCUACUCCUGCAAGCUUAGAGCAAGAUGAUCCCAUUUCCAUGUGAAUAUAUACUGGGAUAUAGAAUUGAAAUCUUCUUUUUUGUUUGUUUGUUUUGUUUAAUAGAAAAUAAGUGCAAUUUUUAUAGUGAGGGAGGGGGUAAAAUCCCUCCUGGUAUUUAAUUAGUUAAAAAUAACACACCAUAACCAAUAGAUGAGGUAUUUUUGGUCUGCUUGAAAAUAUAUUCAGAACAGUAAUAUAUCUUCUGUAGACAUAUUUAAUCACCAGCAAACAUGGUUUUAACAUAAGUUAGCAGACCUUGCAUGUCUGCUGCAUUGGUUUGGUUCCUUUCAGAGUAGCUGUGCUGCACUAACUGUACAUGCUCUCACCAAUGCGUAGUUCUCCUCCAGUUAGCCACAACUUCAUUACUUUCUAUUUUGCUGCUUGCAAAACUAUGGAACUUUAGUUUUGCUGAAAUACUUUAGGUUAGAAACACGAGACCUGGCUGGGAAGCCUCCGUCAGGCUCGCUUUGGUAUAAAAAUGAAUUAGAAAUUAAUAGCCAUGGUAAUUAAUUGUUCAUGCCAGUGUUCUGCUGUGUGUUGGGAGAGGAGCUCUCUUCCUGUGUGGAGACCCCUCUGAGGGGGCUGAGCACUGAGGCAUUUGGGAGAAAUGCUUCUGGACGGACACAGCACAGACUUGGAGCAUGAGUUUGACUCUUUGUUCACUUGAUUGCCAGGUGUUUGUGCAUAACCCACCCCUUUUCCCCUGACCUGUUUCUUGGUCUGAGCUGCUCAGCCCCUCCCUGUGGAGGACAGAGAACACCCUGAGCUCUGUCAGAGCAGCCUGACAGCCCAGGUCUGUACUUGAUAUUUGAUGGUACCUUUUGGAAUCUAUUUAUUUUUGUUUGGUUGGGUAAGGGGGUGCUUUUUUGGUUUUGGGAAUGGGGCUUUUUUCACAUUCUGCUGUCCUUUCAGAGGACAAAUAGUACUUAGAGUCUGUGUAGGUCACUGGCAAUUCUGGGAGGUGACACAAGUUAUUUCUUUUACAAGCAAGGGAAGGAACAGGGAAGGAUUACCUUAUUUUCCUGAUUUCCUGCUAUCUCAAUUUGUUGAUUGUGAAGUGAAGGAAAAUAGAUGUACAAAUUUUCUUUUAACUACUUACAAAGAGAACUUGUUGUUCUGAUCUGUAGAGUCCUCCUUCCCCUGUGCCAUACCUGUGGUUGUGAUUUUGGGGAGCAGGCCCCUGGCUAGAACUGCUGAACCCUUUACAUUUAGAGCAUUUUUAUAGCAAAACUUUUGAAGAAAUAAUGUACAUACAGUAAGGAGAGGAAUGGGUGGAGAGAGGUAUUUAAAGUCACUGAAAGCCACACAGACAGGUGUGGGCUGUUGCCUCCCCCAGGCUGGGAGCUUUGGUAGCCACGUCUCAUCCCUGGACUCAGUCAGGUUUGCCAGACUUACAGUGAAGGGGAGAACAGGCACCAGUCUGUAGCUUUGGGAAGAAAAUGCCAGAUAUAAAAGAAAAAGAACCCCAAAUUUAUGCCAAUUACUGUUUAACAUUGGAGCUUCCACCAGCUCUGCGUGAGAGGUGGGAGCCAGAGGUGCACUGAAAGCACAAAGUCAUGUUAUCUGGAGAAGGAAAUGGUUGUGGGAAGAUUAAAAUGCUGACACAAAACUCUCUCCCUUUCUGACCCUUUCACCUCCUAACUGGAGACAGGCAAACUGUUCUUCCUUUCUGAAAUCCCAAUUCAGUGAACUUGGUAGCAUGAAUGUAGCAUUGUGCAACUAUUGAAAAUCUUAUUUAACCCCCAAAGGGCCCAUUUAUGUAUCCACUUGAGUGAUUUCUCUGUAGAAUUGUUGUAUAUCCUCACUGACCACUUGUAGUACUUGGGGUGCAAAGUAGGAGGUAGAUUGUACAGUGAUUUCUGUGUUGGAAUGGACACUAUGGACUGUUCUCCUGGUGCAGUUUAUGGGAUAUGACAACUGAUGAAUGCAUUUCCCUCCAAAGAUCUAUAUUCCUCAUAGCUUGUGAUGUUUAUGACAUGAACAUAUUUUUUCCUUUGUAGCAUUCAUAUGCCUAAAGAGAUGAAAUUCUCUCAGAGCUGUGACUGGAAUAGAGUUGUGAUGUUUGAUGUCCUGUGUGCAGCAGCAUCCUUGGAGUUAACCACUGGUGACAGAGGAAAACACUUUUAUUCCCCCUUUCCACUGGUGGAGUUUUUCAGGUGGCUGCUGGGAAAGGAAGGGGUCAGCAGAGGCAAAUAAAAAUGGUAAUUAUUUUAAAAUUUAGAGGUAAAAAUAGAGCCUGGAAGUUCCUCAGUGAGACCAGCCUGUAGAGGAUGAGCCCAGCAUGGUCCCAGCCAGGACAGCUCCAAGGCCCCGUGUGUUCCUGCAGCAUCCCCUGGAGGCUCUGGGGCUGCCCCAGUGCCCUGCCUGGGGCAGCUGUGGCUGCUGGGCACAGGGACAAUCUGCCAUCCCACUCCUGCCUGUUCCUUCAGCUCUCACCACCCUGCUCUCGGGGUGUGUCUGAAACCAGUUCUGUCCUGUGCCUCCGGCAGUUUGUGUGCCUGGGCUGAGCAAAGAGCAGCUCCAUCCCCCCUGCCCCGUCCCACCAGGGACCUGCUGCUCCUCUGUGCUGCUCCUCUGGGCCCUGGAGCUGCCUGCAGCAGGGGCAGGAGGGUGGGGACACCUGGUUCACUUGAAGAGAAGCAGAUGAAACCCAGGUGGCUGAGCUGGGUGCCAGCCCUGGCUGUUCACCAGCCACGGGUGGGGUUUGUGCUGCCCUUGCUGGAGGUGGUGUUGGAUGUGACCCCCAGCACAUGCCUGGGUAAAUGUGUUAUCACAUUUACCUGAUCAGUGUGAUAAAUGUGGUCUGGCCUGGGCUGGCAGUGUCACCUCCAGGAGAGGAGGGGGCAGGAAGGGCCUCAGCUGUCCCAGCCCUGCUCCUCAGCCUGGCUCAGAGCUGGGAGUGCCCCGGGGAUGUUCUCUGGUGCCUGCAGGGAAUGUUCACUCUGCUGAAGAGGCCUGGGGCAUCACAGGCUCUGUUGAUGUGGCACUUUCAGAGAGGCUUUUCUCUUUUCCUCUUCUUUGGCUGGGAAGGAAAGGGAAGGAAAUUCAAGUUACCCAUGGCAUAUAGAAAUAGGUAGAAACAGAUAAAGCUUUUUGCACCUCUGCUCAUGCUGCAGCCACCAGCUUCCCUUUGCAGCUGACCUCCAGGCCUGGGGUGGGAAACAUGAAUUCCCAGAUAAUCCCUUCCUGUGUUAAAAAAAAAAAAAAAGCAGAAAAAUCCUUGUAGCUCCAGCAAAACAUCUGACUGCAAAAGGUACCCAGCCAGCUCAUGCUGCCUGUGUGAGGACUCUGCUGUGGGAUCCCUCCUGCUCCUACCUCUGGAGCCACCAGAGCCAGUGAAGGGGCUUGGCCUCUGUGCAGGAAACUCCAGGCAGGAAUUUAUUCAUUCCUCAGCCUGGGCUUGCUGCCUGGAGCUCAGCACAGAGUUCCUGUUUCCAUGUGUGUCCAUGUGCUCCCGUGUCCUCGCCCCCAGGCUCUGCCCCGGCUCUGGGGGAUGCUGCAGGGCAGUGUGAGCUGGGAUGUGGGGUCAGCACUGCUCGGGAUCCUGGCCCAGAGCCGCCCCACAAGCAGCUCCUGCUGCUCCUGCCUUGCUGACCUGUGCCUGGCAGUUCCUGUUGCCAGCUCUGCUGGCAGAAGGCUGCUCUGCACCCUCAGCAGCACCAGUGGGGUUGGCUGAAGGAGUGGAAAAUGCUGGAUAUAAACAGCCAGCCUGGCAGGAUCUGGGAGUGUGCCCUUAAUCCCAGCCCCAUUCUUAAUCCCACUGGAGGUGGAAUGCCAGGCUCGCUCUGCUCUCUUGGUCUAAAUGUAAACAUGCAGCCUCUCACAAGCUGGUUUGAGUCACACUCAGAUAUUAUUCAUAAGAUAUGUUACUGUGUGAGUGAGGAAACCCUUCCAGGGCCCUUCCAGCUGGCUCCUGCUGGCAGAGCCCUCCUCCAGGGAUGUGCUGGGCCCUGCCCUCCUUCCCGGGGAACCAGGCCCCACUGCCAGGUGGGCUCAGGUAAAGCUCAGCUCAGGUCAGGCUGAGUUGCUCUGUGCUCUGGGUUUUGCUGUGCCAGUCCCUGGAGCUGGGGACAGCCCUUCCCGAGGAUCCCAGUGUCCUCCCGGGGGCUACUGAGUGGUGAUACCAUUUUCCACAUCAUCUGUAAAGACUUUGUGAUCCUGUAUUUUGUCCCACUGACUACAGCCUACCCCUGGCUUUCUGCAUCUUCCAUGGAAGUGUUUUCUACUUCUCAUUCUGGAAACACAAGCCAAAGUCAACUGGGAACUGUUACUGGCAAGUCAGCCUGGUAAUGAUCUCCUCUGUGGGAGCUGAGGGUGUAAAUGGGUGGUUUAAGGGCCCUGACCCUGAUUGGGAUCACUGUUAUUCCCAGGUGAUCCUGCUCUGUCAUGGGCACAGUUCAUGGUAAAAUAACCUCUUGCUGGGGCAGUGCAUGAUCUAUCAAAGAGCACCAGGAACCAGCAGCAGCUUUGGUUCAGAAUUAAUUCAGCCCAAUUUACUGCCAGUCAGUGUGAGAAAUGUAAAGACUGAAAGGAAUAAACAUUGUGGACAUUAAAUGUAAAGAAUCCAUCUGAAGAGAAACUACAUUGCUUUUUUCCAUAAAUGUUUAGUAAAUAUUAAAGAACUAAUGCAACCUAA